AUGCCCUUUGUCAUGUUUAGCAUGGAUCCCUUUGAGGACGAGCCUUCGUGGGGUUUCGAACCCUCAAGCUCGAGAGAGCAAGUCUUUACGAAGGACAAGCCGAGUCCACUUCGAAUCAUCAAGAGACGUCACAGCAAUGGCCAAUAUGAUGCGAGAACAUACAAAAGCAACUACGCAGUCGUUGAUCCGAACGGCAGCCCCUCCGAGCCUUUGUUCAUACGAUCCGAAUUCCCGCCAACUCUGAAGCUCCCAAGACGACGACCAAAAGGUGUGUCCGGAUGGGACAAUGGCUACAGAAUUGAAACAUCAACGGGCCUGGGACGGCCGUCACAGAAGUUGAGCUUUGGCAGCUGCUCUAUGAGCAAGGAUGACGACGAUGUCAUUCCCAGACAGGACUGCAAGCCUCGAAACGCAUCCCUUUUUAGGCACUCUGCUUCACGAUUCAAACGAUUCCGCCAGAAACGCCAUAGCGUUUCAAGUAGCCUUGGGAUAAAGGGGGAAGACCGUAACUUUUCAGCAUGUACCCUUCCUUCGGAGCGCAACAUAUGGUUAGAUGUAUCAUCUCGAGCAAGCUCUCGAUGUACCAAUUACGAACUAAAAGACGCAUGUCACUCGACGAACUUCCCAAUCCUAUCCAACGCUACGCCAUCAAAGGAAAGCUCUGUUGUCCUGUCUCCGCAUAUACGUGUCGUCCCGGAAACGGUUGGCAUAUCUUUCGGUCAGCAGCACAUUUGGGCUGCUGUUGAAGUCAGUGGCAGGCUUUCUCAGGCAGGUGACGGACCAGAGCUGGGCCCCGAGAUGGUGGCUUGCUCCGAGGGAGAUACCGCUUCCAAGUUCGGCUACCUCUACGAUGUCAUUGUCGACGCACUGCCCAUGCCACAAUCAUUGAUUCUUCAGAUCAUACGCCAGCAAGAUUCUCCAGCUACUAUGUUUGUCGGAUCGAGCAUGCUUCUUCUUGUUCAUGUAUUGUGCCGCCCCGGAGUAGCUUCUUCUUCGCCCCGGCACAAACACCUAAGGCAAAGGUCGGAAGAGCUAAUGGAGGAUCUCGAGAUGCAAUUGGGAGACAUCUUCAUACCAUUCCUGAAUAUCCAGGUGACUUAUUCACACUCUGCGUUCCCUUGCCACUUGGCCUCGGCAGGAGCUGAGAUGUCUUCUAUUCACACCAAACUCAGGACAACUGCAGAAGCAACUGUCAAGCUACACAAUGCUCUCUCUCCAUGGUCGCCUCAACCAGUGAUGGCCAAAGGUCGACUGUUGCCCUUAAUGAGGCGUCACUGGGGGGCACAACGAGCAUCCGAAGUGAUGGAACAGAUGGUGGAGCAACGCUCUGUGUCAAGUCCGGUGCACACUGGCGGACUGUCCGAGAGACUUUCAUAUAGUAUGGCCCAGCGUCAUUCGGAUCCCGCUGACUCCCCAGCCAUGUCUACGAGACGAACCAGCCUUCAAGGCACACUGCAGAUGACAACAGAGGCACACACUACGGCGAGAUCGUCACCAGUCAUGAGGCUCUCGUGUGACUCGGGGAUCGGCAUGCGAGGAGUAUCGAGGGGAGAAGUGUCUGUCACAGCAGGAGAAGACCAGCAUUGUGAAGGCGUGCAGGAGCAACAAGCCACUGUACGCCGCAGACGCCCAGUGACGCCCAUUGUCUCAAGGAAUCCAACUCCGAGUUUCGCAAACAGUAGCGGCGGUGAGCGGAACCAGGACAGUGAGCAUGAUAAUGGCGCUAAGAAGAAGGACAAUAGGAAGCAGGGAGCCACUGGGAACGAUGGAGGAAAGAGAAAGUCUGGCCUCUGGACUUGGGCAUCAUGGUUUUGA